AUGUCUCUGCUACCUAAUAAAAAUCUUUUGUUAAAUCGAACUUUGUCCCUAUUCGGAACUCUUAAUGGAUCCCGUCUUUAUAGUCGAAAACUCUCGGUCGAUAGAAUCAACAAAAGACCUAGUUCUAAUGUUGCUAUUACAAAAAAGAAAAAAAUUUUUUUACUUGGUAGUGGCUUUGUUUCUAGACCUUUGGUAGAUUAUUUGGCAAGGCAAAAAGAUUUUAAAUUAAUUAUCGCAAGUAAUUCAAAAGCUGAGGCUAAUUCUCUAACAAGAAAACAUGAGGGAAUAGAUGUUAUUGACUUGGAUGUUCAAGAUCAAGAAAAUUUGGGUAAUUUAGUUCAGGGUUCAGAUGUUGUAGUCAGCCUUAUUCCUGCAAAUUUACAUCAUAUAGUGGCAAAGGUUUGUGUAAAGCACAAAAAAAACAUGGUAACGGCUAGCUAUAUAUCUCCCGAAAUGAAAUUGUUACAUAAAAGCGCCGAACAAGCUGGAAUAAUUAUCCUCAAUGAAAUAGGUGUAGAUCCAGGAAUUGAUCAUUUAUCUGCAAUGAAAAUUAUUGAUGAAGUGAAAGCGGAAGGUGGUCAA